UGCCAGACCCCAUAAUGGGUCUCGCCGAACCUAAGUAUUAUGAAAAGUUUACCGCGGCGCCGGGCUACUGAGAAAUAUCAAUUUUGUAAACUUAAAGAUUUUAUUCAGAGACGCGUUGGUAACGGAGCCUGCCGAGGCACGCGCGCGAAUUUAAAAAUAUGGUAAUGUAUGACCUCAUUUAAGGAAAAGCGGGACGUUGCGUGUCGCGCGGCGUAACGGCAGUAGUGGAUUCGGUAUGCGGCUGGCCAAACUCGCGCGAAAUUAACAAAUUAAAUACCUUUUUGUAAUAGAAGCAUUGUGUACCAAAGCGCUUAGGGCUUGGUCAUAGUGAAAGCGCGCACGCUGAAAGGGCUCGGGAGAAUCAAGUAUAGGUUUUAACAUGUCAGUGGAGUUGCAACAUGCGAUAGAGUCUAAAGAAUUCAUUUUAAAUAAACUUUAGAACACGUAUAUAUAACUAGAGUUCAAAAAGUACUUUUUUCCAGAUAUGCUGACGGUUUAGUCCGUUAUUUUAAAGACCAAAUUUUAAACCCGAAAUAUUAAAUUGAAAUUUCAUUAUCUUAAUAAACGUCUAAAAAUCUUUUCUGUCAUUUGCAAUUGACGAUAAUUAGAGACGAAUAAGGCAAGGUUAAGUACGUAAUAUCAUGUGGUGAGAACAUUUUGAUACCAGGCCCUAUAUAAAACAUUACGACACACACGAUACGACAAUUCGUGAAAAGCCUGCAAAAUGAGCGCUGGUGCGUUCGUUUUUUCUUUUUUUCUUUCCGGCAGCGUCAAAUUAAUAUUGGCAGGAUAUGCUGCAUCAUCUAUCAAUGUGCCUCUAUUAAAUUAUAAUGCCAAUUGGGCUAAUCUAAGUAUCGAAAGAGACGAUAAUAUUCCUCCGGAGUAUCUCCAUCUGUUUCUUCAUCAUUUGAGCGAGGCGCCGUCAGUUUACGCCAACAAUGAUAACAGUGCGAUGUUACGGUUUUUCUACGACUCUAUGAGUAACUAUACGGAAUUACCUUUAUCGGAAGCGCAUAAAAUAUUUUCUUACUCUUGGUAUAAUCCAGCUAAAACUACGGUCUUUUUCUCUCACGGAUAUACAGGUCACCCUAAAGGACCUGCAGUGACAACGAUAAUGAAUUAUUAUUUGAAGGAAGGACUGAGUAAUGUCGUGCUGUUUAACUGGCAGCACAUGGCCUCUAUGAUUUACCCUAGUUUUGUCAAUUCGUACAUGAACUGGGCCGCGCCGAAUGCUAUAAGGCUAGGAAACGAGUUUGCCAAUACUCUGUUGAAAUUGUCAGCGGCCGGACUCGAUUUGGACAAAACACAUCUGCUGGGACACUCUUUGGGCGCUCACAUGUUUGGAGUGACCGGCAACAAAAUACAAGAAUUUGGAGUCAAGUUACCGUGGAUAACAGGAUUGGACCCAGCUUCUGCAGGUUUUGACGUAAAACCGCCACACCUAAGGUUGCAACCGAAUUCAGCUCUUUUUGUGUCAGUUAUCCACUCCGAUCCCAGUAGGUAUGGGACUAAAAGGGAAUUGGGAACGGUGGACUUCUGGCCCAAUUACAGAAAUAGGGGGCAAGUUCUACAAACCGGUUGCCCUCCUGGCAGUCAUCAAAGAUUUUCUAAAGAAGACUUAUGCAAUCAUAACCGAUCCUGGCAAUUUUUACUGGAUGCUUUAAAAUAUCCAGGAACAAUAAUUGGUACUUACGCAAAGAAUUUUAGAAUCUGGAAAAACUAUUCUAAAGACGAAAAGAAUGCUGAAGUAUUGGAGCUUGGGACUUUUAAUCCAAAUGCAAAACCUGGAAAUUAUUAUCUUAUAACUGCUGGUGAAUCCCCUUAUGGACUUGGAAAAAACGGCUUGUAAACGUCAAAAUGCGUGUAAAUAAUUGUACGUAAUUUGUAAGAUGUGGCUGUGAUUAUUGACAUUGUAUAUAGGUAAGAGCUCGUGCCGUACUUAGUAGGUAUACUUAAUACGAACGAAAGUGUAUUCUAAUGCAGUUGUUUAAGGUGCUAAGAAAGUUUUCUAGAUUAACGCUAUAAAUACGAGAGUCUAAUAGUGCAUUACAAUUAUGAAUGAAUUAAUAAUAUAUCAUAUUAUAAGUUAUUGUUAAUACAAAGGCGUUGCUUCGCUCAGAUUUUAUAAUUAUAAAUACACAAACCUCAUUUAGUACAACGAAUGAACAACAUUACAAAUUGGUAAGCAUUUAAAGAAGUAACAUUAUUAAUACACCAAAACUUAA